AUGGAUUUCACAGGCUCUCCCGAGCCUCCUGCCAAGAGGAGACGCUUCUUCUCCGACGAUGAUGCCUUGAGCCACAACUCGAGCCCGGCGCUGCCCACCCCGCCGACACACCAGAAGCAGCGGUUCUUUCAAGAUGUCGACGACGACGACAGGGCGCAGAUCAAGAGCGAGGAUGCAGAAGCGCCUUCCUCGCCAUUAAAGUCACGCGGACCGCUGGUCGAGCAGCCAAUCGAAGAUGCCUCCAACCGCGCUGCCCCUCCUCCGUCCGAUCUCCAGCGCGAAGAGUCCGCCAUGACUUUCGACCAGGAGAUGUUUGAGAGCUUCGUGGGCGACAAGGUUGCUGCGGAUGUGUUGGAUGUUGUACGAGAGAACUGUGGGAACAACUUAGAGCGCGCAGUCAAUAUGUACUUCGACGGCACAUGGAAGAACUUCAAGAAGAAGGCUCCCUCGGUCAAUGCUUUCGCCAGACCGUCCGCCGCCGCCGCCAUAUCGACCGCACAAGACGUCCCGAUGGAAGAUUCCCCGAAACCGAUCAUUCGUCGAAGCAUGCCCGAGUCUCGAUACAUUGGAUCUCUUGGUGUGGAGGGCUGGGCUACGCGCAGCGGUGCCAACCUCCUCAAGCAUGGCGAUGUUGUCAAGAUUGACAGGCAAAAGAUCCAGCCUCCCAAGGCCACACGAGUUACAAAGUUCGGCGUCACGACUGUCGCCCCUCGUGGCGGAUCUGCUGCCGCGAGACGCGUAGAUGUCUUGGUGCGGUUUACGACGAGCAGCGGCAUGGAGAUUGGGAGACUGGCGAAGGAGACGGCGGAGUGGGUAUCGACAUUAAUGGACCAAAAGAUUUGCCGCUUCGAGGGCACAUGUGUCUACGCCCCUGAAAGGCUACGGACGAACGACACGGUCUUUAUCCAACUCAAGUGCCACCUGCUGGCUUCGGCAUUCCACAGUCCCGGGUUCAAGGUCGCAGAGAACAGGGCGGCGGGUUUUUUUGAAGAGAAGGAGUCCACAGAAGAGAAGGAACUUCGGUUGCGACAGGUCGCUUUGGUCAAACUCCUGCACGAGAUCAACCUCGAACCCACGAGAGUGAACUCGGCGGCAUCGAAGAACGCGAAGCAUCAGAGACAAGGAUUACUGCAGGCGGCGGAGAUGGACGAGAAGAAGGAGAAGGAAGCCACAAAGGUCACAGCCAAGGAACCGGGGUCUUCCCCUGGCUCUGAUGAGCAAGAAGACGGCGAGGAGCUGGAGCAGGACCAGCUAGACGCGCUGUACCGGAAGGCUCAGUCGUUUGACUUCAAUACACCAGAGGCGGAGCCGGCGGAUACGUUCGCGAUGGACCUGCGGCCAUACCAAAAACAGGCAUUAUACUGGAUGAUGACCAAAGAGAAGGAUCUAAAAAGCAACCGUGAGCCCAGUAUGCAUCCUCUAUGGGAAGAGUAUGCCUGGCCACUCAAGGACACCGACGACAAGGAUUUGCCUCAGGUACAGGACCAGCAGCACUUUUACGUUAACCCGUACUCAGGCGACAUGUCACUGGACUUCCCCGUCCAAGAACAGAACUGCCUAGGCGGUAUACUUGCCGAUGAGAUGGGUCUCGGCAAGACCAUUCAAAUGCUCAGUCUCGUCCACUCGCACCGGUCCGAUAUUGCUCAACGAGCCAAGGCGGAGGGCGGUGCCCCUGCGUCUGUCAACGAGCUGCCCAGACUUGCUUCAAACUCAUCCAACGUGCUCUCAGCGCCAUGUACGACGCUCGUUGUGGCGCCCAUGUCACUCCUGGCGCAAUGGCAGAGUGAGGCUGAGAAAGCUUCCAAGGAGGGCACUCUCAAGGCCAUAGUUUACUACGGCAACGAGAAGGCCAGCAACCUCCAGGCGAUGUGCUGCGAGGCUAGUGCUGCGUCUGCCCCUGACGUGGUCAUCACCAGCUACGGAGUUGUCCUCUCCGAGUUCAAUCAGGUGGCCGCCAAAAAGGGGAACAAGUCCGACCACACCGGUCUGUUCUCUCUCAACUUCUUCCGCGUUAUUCUUGACGAGGCCCAUCACAUCAAGAACCGACAGUCGAAGACAGCGAAAGCUUGCUACGAGAUAUCCGCCGAGCAUCGCUGGGUUCUGACUGGAACGCCAAUCGUUAACAAGCUGGAGGACCUCUUCAGUCUGGUUCGCUUCCUCCGGGUUGAGCCAUGGAACAACUUUUCCUUCUGGAAGACUUUUAUCACUGUUCCUUUCGAGUCGAAGGAUUUCAUGCGCGCACUAGAUGUUGUCCAGACGGUGCUUGAGCCGUUGGUCCUCAGACGAACCAAAGACAUGAAAAUUCCAGACGGCGAGCCACUCGUUCCUCUUCCACCGAAGCAUGUCGAGAUUGUUGAUGUCGAGCUGGGGGAGACAGAACGAGAAAUUUAUGACUACAUCUUUACACGAGCAAAGCAGUCUUUCAGGGAGAACGUGGAGGCUGGUACCGUCAUGAAGGCCUUUACCAGUAUUUUUGCCAACAUUUUGCGGCUUCGUCAGUCAUGUUGUCAUCCCGUCUUGGUGAGAAAUAAGGAGCUUGUUGCAGACGAGUCGGAGGCUGGUGCGGCUGCGGACCUAGCCGCUGGUCUUGCGGACGACAUGGACCUUGGCUCGCUCAUUGAGCAAUUCUCAGCCACUGUAUCCGAGUCCGAGUCGAAUCCCAACGCAUUUGGCGCACACAUACUGGGUCAGAUUCGCGACGAAGCGGAGAACGAAUGUCCCAUUUGCGCGGAGGAACCCAUGGUCGAGCAGACUGUCACUGGAUGCUGGCACUCAGCCUGCAAAAAGUGUCUCUUGGAUUACAUGAAACACCAGACCGAUAGGCAUAAGGUUCCUACCUGUCCCAAUUGCCGAGCGGAGAUCAACUACCGCGACCUUUUCGAGGUUGUCAGACACGAUGACGACCCGGACAUGUUCCAAAAGUCGAAAAUCAGUCUGCAGCGCCUGGGCGUAAACAACUCAUCGUCCAAGGUGGUCGCCCUGAUCAAAUCUCUGCGCGAACUGCGGAAGGAGCAGCCGCGUGUCAAGUCGGUCGUCUUUAGCCAGUUCACGUCGUUCCUGACGCUAAUCGAGCCGGCGCUGGAGCGGGCCAACAUCAAGUUCCUGCGCCUCGACGGUACCAUGGCUCAGAAAGCCCGCGCUGCGGUAUUGAACGACUUUCAGGACUCAAAGACUUUUACAGUGUUGCUCAUCAGUCUCCGUGCGGGUGGCGUGGGACUCAACUUGACGUCGGCGAAGAGAGUAUACAUGAUGGAUCCAUGGUGGAGUUUUGCGGUGGAGGCGCAGGCCAUCGAUCGUGUGCAUCGCAUGGGACAAGAGGACGAGGUGAAGGUUUAUCGGUUUAUAUGCCAUGGAACUGUGGAGGAGAGGAUGCUCCGUAUCCAGGAGCGGAAGAAGUUCAUUGCGACUUCGCUUGGCAUGAUGAGUGAUGAGGAGAAGAAGCUUGCUCGUAUUGAGGACAUUAAGGAGCUUCUUAGCUAA